AAAAGAGAAAAGAAUUAGGAUAAGGAUGGCUGAUAUUUUUCUUCUUUCUUUCUUUCUUCAGCCGCGCGUUUCUGCUCUUCUUCUUCUCCCCUGCAGCUGAACAAGAGCCAAGCCACCGACACACCCACCCUUUUGAGAACGGUAAAAAGCUUGAUCUUUUUCCCUUCUUUUCUUGUUCAAGAAUAAGAUUUAGAACCUUGAAAUCUUUCCCUUCUGCAAAAAAUCCCAGAUCUGCUCUAUUCCUUCCUCUUCGUUCGCUGCUCUGCUAUGUGGGUGUGAUUUUUUCAGGUUUCUGAUCCCCUGAUUUCUCCUUCCAUUCCUGUAGGCCUCCCCCAAACCCGCCAACUCUGGUUUGCUUGCUGAAUUUUUCGGUUCUUGAUUGUUCUGUCACCCUAGCACUUGGAGUGAAUUUUCUGUGUUAUGCAAUUGAGCAUGCCUACUUGGAGUUUACUUAACUACCCUGAUGAUCUGAAAAUUUUUGUAAAUUAUGAUUUUCCUGUUAAAUCCAUGCUCACAUGGAAUUUUUCUGAUUGAUUCUUGAAAAUUGAGAUUGAUUGUGAAUUAUGAAGUUUUCUUGUAAAUCCUGCAUGGUUUUGUCUCUAAUAUAGUCAUGAUUACUGAUUACUGACGCCCGCUAGUGGGAGUUUGCAAACGCUAGCACAUGUCGACAUGUUUACCAAUAGGAUCGGUUCAUUCUGUAAUUCUGCCAAUGGGAUAAUACAUUGGUUAUUACUAACGCCUACUAGUGGGAGUUAUUAAACACUGGCGAUGACUUAUAGAUGUCAUUGAAUGCCUUGUUAUUGACUUAUAGAUGAGACUACUGCUAAAUCUUAUUAUGCAUUAACGGUUUAUCAUUGAACGUUUUGUUAUGAUUAAAUUGCUUAUCAGGCAUGCUUAAAUUUUACUCAUGGGCUACCCAUAUUUUUACUUACUGAGAUAUCUUAUCUCAUAGUUUUCCUUGUCUACCAUUUCAGGAAGUGAAUCCCGAGGCCUGGUUAACCAGGGGGAGUGAUGUGCUAGAAGGCUAGUCAAUAUUUUGGACUUAGAUCCUUUUUGGGCUUAGGCAGUUAGCCACACAUGCUUGUCAUAGAUGUGAAAUGAUAAAUCUUUUUUUUUUUUUAUACUGAAUUUUCCUUGGUUAUAGCCAUGACUGUUUUAUAAACUUUUGUACAUCUGGACUAGUAAAUUUUUUGGAAAUGG